AUGGACUUAACGGAGCUCCUGACAACUCUGACCGCUACGUCAGCGGCUGACUCUCCACCAAACUCCUCUUUGGAUGAGAUCAACCAAACAUCCUCAUCCUCCUCCCUGAGGUCAACGCUGCCGCUUCCUCACUCCCGGCUGGUGUCGGUGUUCAUCGUACUGGUGGUUGCGAUGAUAAUCCUGGGCACGGUGGUGGGUAAUGUGUUGGUGGUCGUAGCGGUCUUCACUAGCCGGGCGCUGCGAGCUCCACAGAACCUCUUCCUGGUGUCUUUGGCCUCGGCAGACAUUCUGGUGGCCACACUGGUCAUCCCAUUCUCCUUGGCCAACGAGAUCAUGGGCUACUGGUACUUUGGUACGACCUGGUGCUCCUUCUAUCUGGCUCUGGAUGUUUUGUUCUGCACCUCCUCCAUCGUCCACCUGUGUGCCAUUAGCUUGGACCGCUACUGGUCUGUCACGAAGGCCAUCAGCUACAACCGCAAACGGACUCCCAAACGCAUCAAGGCCAUGAUCAGCAUAGUGUGGCUGAUCUCCGUGGUCAUCUCUUCCCCGCCACUCCUUAUGACGCAGAAGGAGGACACUCAGGGCACUGAGUCAGACCAGCAGGAGGCUGAAGAGGAAGUCCAGAGGCAGGAGUGUCUUCUCAACAACCAGACGUGGUACAUCCUGUCCUCCUGCUUGGUGUCGUUUUUCGUCCCGGGAGUCAUCAUGAUCCUGGUCUACUGUAAAAUCUACCGCGUUGCCAAGCAACGUGCCUCCACCGUGUUCGUGGUGAAGAACGUGAUGGAACGCCAACCAUCCCAGUCAGAGACCUGCUUCCUUCCCGGGGUCAGCCCCAGGAGACUGAGCAUUCAGCUGGAGAGCUCACGGGCCACCUUCCAGCAAAGCUCCACGGGACACGAAGAGCUGGAUGACAUUGACUUGGAGGAGACGAGCUGCAAUACCAAACUAAAGACCUCCUCAUCUUUCCCCUCUUCUCUCCGCCUUCCCCGCAGAGCCGGUGGAAGGGCCAAGGUGGAGGAGGGGAGGGAAGCUACAGGGACGCCGGCCACCGGCCUGAUGCCUCCCACGCUGCAUCUCCCACCUCCAUCCUGCACCUCCUUGUCCUGGACAUCAUCUGACCACUCCUCCCACCACCUCCUGCUGCCCUCCCCUCUGCCGCACCGCAGCCGCCAGAUGUCGCUGUCCAAGAAUAAAGUGGCGCAGAUGAGGGAGAAGCGCUUCACCUUUGUAUUGGCGGUGGUCAUGGGCGCGUUUGUGCUGUGCUGGUUCCCGUUCUUCUUCACCUACAGCCUGUACGCCGUCUGCCGGGACCACUGCCCCAUCCCCGACACACUCUUCAACCUCUUCUUCUGGAUCGGAUACUGCAACAGCUGCCUGAACCCCAUCAUAUACACCGUGUUCAACAGAGACUUCAGGAGGGCUUUCAAAAAGAUUUUAUUUCACAGUCACAAAUGCACGUAAGCCAUUGGGUGCGACUGCAUGUAUGGCUGUGUUGUGUCUGUUUUCGUGUUUGUGCGUGUAUUUUUCUGAACGUGUGCAUUGCUGG